AUGAAAACAUCUCCUUAAUCAUUUUAAAGGGAAAAUGAAGAAACAGUUUGGCACACCAGGAAAUUGAGACAAGAGACUGAGAAGGAUAUUCAAUUAAUGAAGAAUCGUCUUAAAUUAUUAAAGAGAGGGGAUGCACAGUUAUCUAAGAGAAUUGAUGAAACCAAAAAGAAAACUUAAUCUAUGAUUGACCUAAAGAUGAAUCAUCAUUAGUAGAUUGAACAAAAAAAGCUAACACAAAAAAAUGAUGAAGCAUAAUUAAAGGAGAAAUAGCUAUUAAAUUAUGAUCAAAAGAAACAAUAAGAAGAAUAGCUAGAAAUGAUUAAAAAAGCUAUGGAAUAAAUUAAAUUAGAGGAAUAUAAAAAAAUUAAAGAGUUAUCAAUAAGAAAUGCUGAAAUGAUCAAUAAACAAAAAUAAGAUUUCAUGGUUAAGAACAGGGAAAAAAGAGAACACAUCAAAGAGAUCAUGCAAAAAUCUAAAUCCAAUAUUUCUCUCUAUUGGAAUGAAAAGCUGUCUCACAUUUAAAAAGAAAAUGAAAAAGCCAAAUAGGAAAAUAAAAAAGCUUGUGAAUAAAACAAGGCCUAUUAGGAAAAAAUGGAAAUGGAAGAAUCGUAUAUGAUGCAGAAACUAAUGAGAUCUCAAGAAGUAUAAAAGAAAUUAGCCAUUAAAUUGGAAAAAGCAAAGAAUUUGCCUCAUGAUGAAUUUAAUUAGAUGAUCAAAGAGGAAGAAGACAACUCUAAUAAUAUCAAAACUAAUAAAAGCGCUGAAAUUCCAAGAUGGUUACCAACUCCAGAGAAAGAUUUUGCAAUUAUCCAAGACUUAGACACUGAACCUUAACAAGAUUCAGAUUAAUAGAAAGAUGAUUAAGGAUAGAAGGAUGAUUAAGAAUAGAAGGAUGAUUAAGGAUAGAAAGAUGAUUAAGGAUAGCAAGAAUGA